CGUGAAGUCGCAGGGUUUUAUUUUCAAAAUGAUGCUUAAAGGCCUCGCCCUCCUCAGCAUCCUUGGAAUUGUCUCAGCUGCGACCAAUAAAGUGGUCUGUUAUCACGGAAUAUGGUCCACUUAUCGGCUCAACAACGGCAAAUUCACAGUCGAAGACAUCGAUCCAACUCUUUGCACCCAUUUAAUUUACUCUUUUGUUGGAUUAGGAGACGAUAGUCGGAUUAAACACCUUGAACCGAAUCUGGACGUCAAUCAAGGCAAUUUAAAAAAAUUCAAUGCUUUGAAAUUGAAAAACCCAAAUUUGAAAACUUUGGUUGCGAUUGGUGGCUGGAAUGAAGGAUCUGUAAACUACUCCAAAAUGGCGGCGAGUUCCAGUUUAAGAGCCGUCUUCAUCAAGAGUGUGGUGGAGUUUGUCAAGACAUGGGGGUUUGACGGGUUUGACCUUGACUGGGAGUAUCCAGGGCAACGGGGCGGAGCUUAUAAUGAUAAAAGCAAUUAUGUCACUCUGAUCAAGGAAAUGCGCAAGGAAUUUGACAAAAAUGGGUUGAUUUUAACCGCCGCUGUGGCCGCCGCCAGCGGUUCCGUUGACAUUUCCUAUGACGUCCCCGCUUUGUCUAAAUAUCUGGAUAUUAUCAAUGUUAUGGCUUAUGACCUGAGAGGGUCGUGGGAUGGGGUUACGGGUCACCAUUCCGGGUUGUACCCAUCGGCGGUGGACACCACCACCAACCAGAAACUGUUGACAGUGGAUGCCGCCAUCCGGGGGUGGAUUCAAAGGGGGGCUGAUCCGCAAAAAAUCGCUUUAGGGUUGCCUGUUUACGGCAAAACAUUCACACUUUCGAGUGCGAGUAAUGCGAAACUGGGGGCUCCGGUCAAGGGGGCUGGGAAUUCGGGGAAGUACACGGGGGAGGCGGGAAUGUUGGGAUACAAUGAGAUCGUCGAGUUGCAGAAAGAGGGUGGAUGGAAGGUUGUGUGGGACGACACCCAGAAAAACACCCAUAUGUAUAAAGGGGACCAAUGGGUUGCAUUUGACAGUCCGAAAGCAAUUUCUAACAAAGUCGAGUAUGCCAAGUCCUUGAAUCUAGGAGGUGUGAUGAUUUGGUCCAUUGAAACCGACGACUUUAGAGGCGUCAGUGGUACCAAGUACCCCAUCCUCAAGGCCAUACACCAAACACUUGGAGGUUCUAGCAAUGAAAUUGUGGAACCUGUUCCCCAACCCGUCGAAGAAGUGACCCAGAAACCAUCCUCGACCAAAGCACCAGCACCCCCAUCUCGCGAUUUGACUACAACUCUUUGUACUAAAGCUGGUUAUGUCCGAGAUCCAGAUGAUUGUUCCAUCUUUUACUAUUGUUUGGCUUACAAUGGAGGUUUUGUUCCUUUGGAACAGAGAUGUAACGCCGGGUUGGUGUUUGAUGAGGAAAAAUUGUGGUGUGAUUAUCCCGAAGUUGUAAAGUGUUGAAUGAUUUUGGUGAAAUAAAUUCAAAAUUGCA